GCGAUCCCGGCGAUCCGGAGGGCGGGGACCGCGCACGGUCCACUCCGGGGCUGUGCGGAGGCGCGGGCUCUGGGCUCCAGGCUCCGGGCGGCGGAAGCGGCGCCUCCAAUCAGGCGGCGGGCUCGCGACCCUCGGCGCGCCCGGCCGGUGCUGCCCGCCCCGCGGACUGACUGACGCGCCGGCUCGCCCCCGCCCCCGCCCGCCCCCGCCCCCGCCUGGUCUCCGCUGGCUCGGCUCAGACUCCGCUGCGCUCCUCUCGGCUCUGCUCGCCUCUCCUCUCCUCCAGCCUCGCUGGGCCCUCUCCCGGCCCGCAGGAGCUCCUGGACUGCGCGGCGGCCGCCCGCUCGCUAGGCAGCUGCAAGCGACCUCAGAGGCGGCGGCGGCGGCGGCGGCGGCGCGGAGGAUGAAGUGCAAGCCGAACCAGACGCGGACCUACGACCCCGAGGGCUUCAAGAAGCGCGCCGCGUGCCUGUGCUUCCGCAGCGAGCGCGAGGACGAGGUGCUGCUGGUGAGCAGCAGCCGCUACCCCGACCGCUGGAUCGUGCCGGGAGGGGGCAUGGAGCCCGAGGAGGAGCCGGACGGCGCGGCGGUGCGCGAGGUGUACGAGGAGGCGGGAGUCAAGGGGAAGUUGGGCCGCUUGCUGGGCGUCUUCGAGCAGAACCAGGACCGCAAGCACCGGACCUACGUGUUCGUGCUCACCGUCACCGAGCUGCUGGAGGAUUGGGAAGACUCGGUCAGCAUCGGCAGGAAGCGCGAGUGGUUCAAGAUCGAAGAUGCCAUCAAGGUCCUGCAGUGCCACAAGCCCGUGCACGCCGAGUACCUGGAGAAACUGAAGCUGGGCGGCUCCCCUACUAAUGGGAACUCGGCCGCCCCGACCCCGCCAGAGAGCGAGCCCUAAUGAACAUGCUCAAGAUCACACUGAAAUUGUCAUUGAUGUGAACCCAGUGGUAUUGUCAAGUUCACCGGAGCACCUUUAAGGUUCCCAAGGAGACCACUCAUUCUGGUUUUCCUUCUACAUCUUGGAACACUCCUCUGUCAAUCUUACCAACGUUUUUUGCUCUGGUUGUUGUACUAUUGUGUGUGAACGGACUUAAUUCAGCACCUAUAGCCUUUUGUUGUGCUUUUCUGAUGUGUCUGCCUUCUUCAUUAGACCUUUGAGAGCAACGACUAUUUUUCCUUACUCUGCAUAUUCUGCAUCCAAGACACUACUUGAAAUAUGGUUGGCAUCACUGGAGGUCUUUGAUUCUAUUAGUAUUUUGUAAUCUCCUUGUGGCUAAACAUUUCCCUCCCAAUCUGGUGCUAGUAGAGUAUCCGCUGUCUAAGCACCACGUGUGUAGCUCAUGUGUAUUCAGUGUUGCAGAAACAUUUCAGGACAGUUUGAGAUGUUCCAGAACAAGAAGUAGUAUUCAUUUGUAUGUCAUAUCACACAAUGGCUGGCACAGUUUUAAUAUUAUGUCAUCACUUAAGGUAACAUUUUAUAGAAUUAGUCCUUCACCUACCAACUUUAGUGUUUUUGUACUGUUGUUAAUUUGCUUAAAACUUUAUUCAAAAAGUAUCACUUGCUAUAAAAGUAAUUGUAACACGUUACAAUGAAAACCUAUUAUUGUGAGUUUUUAUAAAAUAAAUUUUAAAUUAAUAUACAAAGAAUAAUACAUUUAAUUUUUUUUUUGCAGUGCUCUACUUCUGAAAUGUCACCCCUAACAUUUCCUUGCAGAAAAUUCUGGGGUUGCUUUUGUUUUUGUUUUUUACAGAUUCAAUAUUCUGUAUUAUUUGAUGGUGAGCACAAAAGAAAAAAAAAACCCAACCCUGCCACUGAAGCAGUUUUCAGAGCUAAUUGUGCCAUUUAGUCGCUUAAGUGUCUUUCGCCUCUCUCACUGUUUCAGUUGGCUGUGGUUCUCAUCCCUUUCCUAGUACAGUUGGCUGGCUGGCUCCUCAGUACCACAAACUCUCUGCAUGUUUAUGCAGAGGAGAGUGAGUGCUAAAUUGGUAUCCUUUAGAAAGGCUUCAGGGAAAGAGACUGCUGUAAAGGGGAAUGCGGAAUGAAGAAUUUAAAUGAGGAAGCUCAGUUUGACUCUUUCCAGAAGAAUAACUUUAUGCCAAGGACAAGGACAUUUCAGAAUUUUGUCACAGGGUGUGUGAUGUCAACACUCUCACUCAGCUCAUCCUAAGGGUUCCAAAGAGGUUCUGAUAUGGCUUGUGGUUGUGUCUCGCUUUUUCAUUAUAAACCAUUCGAUUUGGAAAGGCUUGAACUCCAAUUUAGUGUUAACACCCUUCCUCAUGGUACCAGUGAAAUGUAUUGUGUCCCAUAUCUUACAGACUUUAAAAUAAAACCACACAUUCUAAUUUGCUGGAGUUUCUAUUUGUGACAUGUACUGUGGAUUUGCUUUCUAAAGAAACCCUUAUCUUUUAGAAAACUGUACUGAAAAUUUACAGAGAUGCUACUGUUAUUUGCUUCAAUAUAAUCAGGGUGGUAUACGUUUGUACAUAGAUGAAACAAGACUGACUCUGACUUGAUAAUUGUUGAAGCUGUGUGAUAGAUGUUUGAGAAUUCAUUAUUCUCUAUACUUUUGUAUAUGUUUGAAAUUUUCCAUAAUAAAAACUGUAAAACUGUA